AUGAAUCUGUUGUUUGAUUGUCUAAAACAUCAUCGUUUCAUUGCAAUUGAUACAGAGUUUCCAACGCUACGGAAGAGAAACGUUACAGAAGAAUAACGCUAUGAUGAUAUGAGAUUCAGUGUAAACAAGACGAAACUGAUCCAGUUAGGUUUCACUCUGUUCGACAGCUACGGAAGAAUCGGGGGCACUUGGGAAAUUAAUUUCUCAGAUUUUGGAGACAUCGACGACGCAAGAAACGAGAAAUCCAUUGACUUCCUAAAACGCAACGGUCUAGAUAUCGAAAAAAUUAGAGCGCAAAAAAUCUGCAUCGAGGGUUUUUUCUCAGAAUUUGGUCGAAUUCUGAAACAGACCAAAAAUAAUGUUACUUGGGUCACUUUUCACGGAUCCUUGGACAUCGCUUACAAGUGCAUCACCGGAGGAGAAUCUUUGCCGGCAACUUCAGAAGGAUUCUCGAACGCGGUGGCGAGAACCUCUGUUUACGAUUUGAAAGUAAUGGCGGGUCGAUACCAAGGACUAAGCAGCUGGCUCGGUUUGCAGAGUUUAGCUCACGAACUGGGAGUUAGCUGUGUGGGGACUGCACACCACGCGGGUUCAGACAGCGAACUAACAGCUAGGGUUUUUGCUAAGAUGGCUCGGAUCUGUCACAACGUACAAGAAUCAGAAGGGUUGGUUUAUGGACUCGGCUACAGAGUCGUCUCAGGAGAACGUUUUUUGCAAGAGAUUAUGAUGAUGUGUCCAAAUAGUGCUCAGCUGCUGCAUAGUCGCCGUGUGAUGAUGACAAGAUGCUAUGUACCGCCGCCACCUUUUUUCAGAGGCCAACCCAUGCCUUUUCUCAGAGGACACCCCUUGCAUUUUUAA